AUGCCACGGAAAAGCCAAAACUCUACGCCGUGGAGAGAGAAGAGAAGACAGCAAGCCGAAGGCAUUACGAAUGCCAGAAGACUAUCGAAGACCAACCGAGAAAGGUUUCGUCGCCAGAAGAGAGCCGCAUUCAAAGGAGCCAAUCGUUUGUUUGUCGAUGGCCUCGAUACGGGUCGUGACCGUCGCAUCUAUGUUCUCAUUAUGGAAAAGAUGAAGUCUGGGCCUCGUUAUACUACGUAUGAUUCUCACCCAAAAAGUGAAUGGAUUCCGGCAGCAGAAGAAGUGAAAUUGGCCCCGAACCGACACAUGGAAUCCUUCCGACUUCGGCGAUUCACCGAAAGCAAAUGA